GCCCUGCCCGGGCCGGCCCGGCGCGGAGCCGGAAGCCGCGCCGAUGAGUUGUGUGCGCCGCUUGCCUGCGCGCUUGGCGGGGGGUGCCGGGAGCCCUGCGCUGUGGCUAGGUGCCCGCAGCGCAAAGCGGCGCCUGGAAAGUUUUUGUUUCCGUGCGUGCGGGCUGCAAGCGGCGGCCCGGGAUGCGGGGCCCGGGGCCCGGCUGCGCGCCGCCUCCCGCCGCACCGCGGCUGCCGGGGCUGGCGUAGGCGCCUCCUGGGACCACCGAGUGCGGGCAUUAAACCCCGCUCCCUCCUCCCCGCUGCCCUCCUCCGCCCCCCUCCGUCCCUCCCUCGCUCUCCCCCUCCCUCCCUCGCUCCCUCCCUCCUUCCCUCUCCCCGGUGCGCGGCCAUUGCAGUGACCCCGGCCGGCCAAGGAUGAUUACGAACACGCGGGGCUUCCUGUGGUCGGACCUGGAGACGCGGGCGCUGCUAGAGAUCUGGGGUGAGGCGGACGUGCAGUCGGCGCUGGACGGCAACUUUCGGAAUAGCCAUGUGUACCGGGACGUGGCCUGCCGCCUGGCCGAGCUGGGCUUCGAGCGCACCCCCGAGCAGUGCCGCAUCCGCAUCAAGGGCCUUAAGCGCCAGUACUACCAGGCCCGGGACGGGCUGAAGAAGAACGGGCACGCCCGCAAGAUAUGCAAGUACUACGACGAGAUGGACCGGAUCCUUAGCUGCCGGGGGGGGCCCGACGGCGCCCCCGAGCCGCUGGCCCCGCCGCCCGACAGCGCGCAGCCGGCGGGGCCACUCGCCGGGCCGCCCACCCCGGGCACGCCGCACAACAGCCGCGAGGUGGACGCCGAGCUGGACGAGGACGGCGAGCUGGAGUCCCCCCGCGACAACUUCACCGAGGACUCCGGGGAGUGCUCUUCCUACGCCGACCACCCCAUCAAGGUGGAGUGUCCCCCCUUCGCCAUCCCCGUGCCGCCGGGCGACGGCUUUAAAGAAAUCAAUGCUCCAACUAUUACCCCACCUCGCAAUCAGCCCAAAAGAUCCAAAAAACGCCAUGCAAAUUUAACAUUGGAUAAAAUGAUGGAAAAAUUCCUUCAGCAGAGCGUGGAUACAGAAGAGAAAUUUUACAGAUACGAAGAGCAGAGGCUCAAAAUUGAGGACAAGCGUCGGGAAGCUGAGCAUGCUCGAGAGCUCCAGAUGUUACAGAUGUUGGGACAGAUGUUGGCAGGAAUUUCUUCUACGGUAUCACAAAGGUCACAAUCUAUACCAGCGAGUCCACCUCAGAGGGCGAACCAUCGUUCGUAUGGGGAUAACUUUAAUUAUAAUGCUAUGACAGCAGCACUUUCUCCACCGAUAGUUAUAGAGAGAUCUUUUUCACUGCACAGAACACACUCUCUAAAGGAUAUGGAGAAUAUUUUUCAACUGGUGCGCAAUGUUAUCCCUCCCCUAACAGGGAAAAGGCAUAAAGGUCAAGAUGGACGUAUAGGCAUUGUUGGAGGAUGUCAAGAGUACACUGGAGCACCGUAUUUUGCUGCAAUUACAGCUCUCAAAGUGGGUGCAGAUUUGUCCCAUGUGUUUUGUACCAAAGAUGCAGCAACAGUAAUCAAAUCAUAUAGUCCAGAGCUGAUUGUUCAUCCAGUUCUCGAUAGUCCCAAUGCUGUCCAUGAGGUGGAAAAGUGGUUGCCGCGACUGCACUCAGUUGUCAUAGGACCUGGCUUAGGUAGAGAUGAAGUUCUACUUGAGAACGCUAAGGGUAUUAUAGAAAAAUCAAAAGUGAAAGGAAUUCCCAUCAUUAUUGAUGCUGAUGGACUGUGGCUCAUUUCCCAGCAGCCUUCCCUAAUUCAAGGCUACCAGCGAGCUAUUCUUACUCCAAACUAUAUGGAGUUUAGUAGACUGUAUGAAGCCAUGCUUAGAGACCCCGUAGACAGUAGUGAUCAUCAUGGAUGUGUAUUAAGACUCAGCCAAGCCAUGGGAAAUUUGACAGUUGUUCAAAAGGGAGAAAGAGAUCUUAUUUCAGAUGGAGAGAAAGUACUUGUGUGCAGCCAUGAAGGAAGCAGCCGGAGAUGCGGCGGGCAGGGGGACCUCCUUUCUGGUUCUCUUGGAGUCUUGGCGCACUGGGCCUUUCUUGCUGGAGCAGAAAAAACAAACGGUCAAAAUCCCUUUCUGGUGGCUGCGUUUGGAGCGUGCUCCCUCACGAGGCAGUCUAACCACCAAGCCUUUCAGAAAUUCGGACGUUCAAUGACUGCCUCCGACAUGGUUUCAGAAGUUGGAACAGCGUUUAACAAACUUUUUGAGACCUGAAGCCAAAGGAGCGCAGAAGAAGGAAAGGAAGAGCAAUGGCUGCAAGAGUAAUUACAUUUACCGUAGAAUUUCCCUAAGUAACACACCCUCUCAAGUGCUGUAGCAGCAUUGGAAUGCUAGGUAGAUUUUUUUUAUUUUUCAGAAUAGAAAAAUAUGAUUAAUGUAGAUAUUUUUUAAGAGUUUGGGAUACAAAAAUGUUUUGGCUGGAAUAAGCUGUAGUUGCAGAUCUGUUAUAAUAUAAUAAAACUAAACUGAAAGUAUUCCUCUGUUCUUUUUGAUAGUUAUUGAGCAAUAACUAAGGUGUGAACAGCAAAAAAUAAAUGCACUUGAUACUUAGAUAAAAUUCUUCCACCAGCUCAACUGAAGUUCUUGGACUGCACCAAGCUUAUCAUGUUUUCAUUCUUAGACCCUCUGUCUAGAAUUAGCUAUUGCACUUCAUUUUUGCCAUGCUAGUAUAUUAAGCAGCAAAAAGUAAGCCUCUUCGGAAAGGGAAUGCAUGAGAGUUGCUGUAGAUUUUGAAUGUAAUUAGUUGCCUUUUCCCAUUCCCGGUCCCAGAGGCAGCGCUCAUUUUUGACAGGACACCCCCUUCCUCCAACAUCCUGGGGGGGGGGGGUGUUCUUUAAAAGGUUGCCCCAUCUCAGAACAAGGCUGUACUGUAGGUAUCUUAGUGUUAAACUGUAAUUAUGCUUACCUGAAAAAAAAUGUUUUCUAUUCCUUUAAUUGGCCUGGACUCAUCUAGAACUUGGUACGAUAAACUUUUGUGGAAUUACCAUCUGGAGAGGUGCUAGGCGGGGUAAGAAACUCAGUGAUACCUACCUGAACUGGGCAGCCUCUCAGUGAUCAGGAGGAGUGAAGUGUUUUUAGAACUCAAAUGGGUUGCUGAGUUAGAGCUCCGAGAUGAUCAGCAUAUCGGUUCAUAGGUAGGUAUCCAUUAACCAGGAGGAGUAUGAACUGCAGGCACCAAGGGCAGCCAACAGCACAUACUUGCACCUUCCAGGGGUGUGCAGGCAGCCGUACCCUGCAAGGCAAAGGCUGGCAUAGGAAAAGGGUGGUUGGUGGUUAAGCUCCAAGUGCAGUGUCUGAGUUCAGGGGCUUUUUGCUUGAUCCUUAGCAAGACAGAAGGGAUCUUUAAUAGUUAAGGCCGUACCUCACUGGCAGGGCCGAGGAGUGUUGGGUAUAAAGAAGCAGCUGUGUGUGACUUUGCACAGUAUCAUUUCUUAAACAUUUGGAAAUAGAGUCAAAGCUUGCAGGGAUAGAACCAACACAGAGAGAGGGACAAGGUCAUGUGAAGUAUGUUUAAGGGGGUACUGCCCUUAAACCUAUAGUCUAGCUCCAGGUGUAUAUACUCCUUAAAAUGCAGGAACAAGCAUAUGUGUCUAGCUACUGCAAUAGAUGUUCUGUAUUCACUGCAGCCACUCUUUCCCAGUGCUCUAGCUCUAGGUUGGCAUAUGGUGCCACGCUACUAGUCAAAUAGCUUUCUUGUUCCUUACAAUAGCUGCCCACAGAAAGCACCUGGAACCAGAAAAGCUGCUCCAAGUAUCUCCCCUCAGCCCUUAUAGUUGAUAUUUCUGGAUGCACUGUGACUACUACCUCACCCCGAUGCAUUUUUGUUUUUCUUUUUAAAGCAGUUACCUAUUUUUAAAAUAGGUUUUUAAAUGUUUGCUCAGUUUGGGUCUAUGAAGGUUCACAGACUUUUUAAGAUUAGAGCAACAUCUACUCAUAAGAGAUGAUGGGUUUUGGUGUUUAAGCAGUUUUGUAAACUGUCUACAUCUCUGGGGAAAUAAAGCUACUAUUGUUUUUUCCCCCUAAAACUAUUUGAGAAGCCUGACUCCUUUAAAUAAAAUCAGAGUUAAAAACUGAUUUUAAAACAGCUACUGGAUUUCUUUUAAAGUGACCAGAUCUUUGGUUUUGUAUUUAGAACAGCAGUGGUAUUAUCAUCUAAAUGGCAUUCGUAGGCGAAAUCAAUCAAUUACCAGAGCUCGGUACAGAUUUCAACCUGUGGUGUUGGUUUUAAAUCUACACAGAAGUUGUAACUCUGUUCUUCACUACUGUAUACGAAUUGUUACGAUUUUUAAACAUUCUGGCAAUGUAGCAGUUUCUUCUGGUAGGAAAUAAAAAUAAUAGCAAAGUGA